AUGUUCGAAAUGAUGCCUCUUUCAGCAAGAUAUCUUAGGUACUAUUUAGGGAGAAAGAUGCAAAAAAGACGACCUAUUAUGGAUUAUAUAAACAUGAUUUCAGCACAAAGAAUGUAUGGGUGUCCAAUUGGUGGAAUAGGAGGUGGUACUAUUGGAAGAGGAUUCAAAGGAGAAUUUUGUCGAUUUCAACUUUAUCCAGGCAUCUAUGAAUAUGUAACAGUACCAGAAUGUCAAUUCAUUGUCAAUAUUAGAGAUGGCAAGAAUGAAACCAUAUUUCAAUCAGUUUUAUCUACAUAUAGUAAACCAAAAAAAGCACCAGCAUCAUGGGAGUGGAACUUGAAGGGUUCAGAUUGUGAAUACACCGCUUUAUACCCUCGGGCAUGGACUACAUAUGACUUGUCCAAAUAUGGCAUCCGACUUGUGUGUAGACAAAUAUCACCUGUGAUACCUCAUAAUUAUAAGGAUAGUAGUUUACCAUGUGCAGUAUUUGUAUUUUCGGCAAAAAAUGUUUGUGAUGAACAUCGGGAUGUAAGCAUCACAUUUACCUGGACAGAGGUGCUAGGAGGGCCAAACAAAAAAAAAACAAUUGGUAAAUUAGAUUUAGAAAGAUAUUCAGAAGAAUUUACCUGUGGCAUAACAUUAGAGCAGAAGAUUGCUGAUACACCAUGCACUUUCACAAUAGCAAAAAAGAAGUGUAACAAUGAAACUAUCCACCAAGGCUACUGCUUGUGGAAUUCCACCAAAACCUCUGCUUACGUAUGGGAAUGUUUAAAAAAGAAUGGAAAGUUGCAGCCCGAUCCAAAACUGUCACCACCGCCGCCUAUGUUGCAAGAUAAAAGCACUGAAAAAGAUAACAAGAAAAGCAAAGACAAAGAUAAACCGCAUAAGAUUUAUAAAUGUGAUUCAAUAGGACUUUCAAGUUCUAUAAGUUUGGACCCUGGGGGAAGUGGAUCAACUGAGUUUAGCCUUGUCUGGGACAUGCCUGUUAUAAAGUAUAAGAAAGAUAAAAAAAUACACAAAAGAUAUUAUACAAAGUACUUUGGUAGCGAUGGCAUAGCCGGUGCUAGUAUAGCUGCAUAUGCGUUAAGGAAUUACAAGAACUGGGAGAAACAGAUUGCAGAAUGGCAAGAACCGAUUUUUAAUAACAGCAACAUCCCAGACUGGUUGAAAAGUGCCUUAGUGAACGAGCUUUACUUUGUUGCUGACGGAGGGACUAUUUGGUACGACGUUCCUGAGGAAUAUCCCGAGACUGAUCCAAGACAUGAAUUUGGUUUAUUCGGAUAUCUGGAAGGGCACGAGUACAGAAUGUACAACACAUACGACGUACACUUCUACGCAUCCUUCGCUUUGGCGCAGCUAUGGCCCAAUUUACAGGUUGUGCUGCAGUACAUGUUCCGCGACACAAUAGCAAUGGAGACUGUUAAGUGUAGGCAGUCUUUAUACGACGGGAAGUCGGUCAAAUUUAAAAUUAAGGACUCGAUACCGCACGACUUGGGCGAUCCGGAGGACGCGCCGUUCACGAACAUAAACGCGUACAACAUACACGACGUGAGCGAGUGGCGCGACCUGUCGCUCAAGUUCGUGCUGCAGGUGGCGCGCGACCACCGGCUGCUGCGCGCCCACUGCGCCCCCUUCGGCGAUGAGAGGUGCCGCGCGCUCGCGUACAUCGACGACGUGCGCGACGGCGACGAGGACGAGCUGUACGCGCGCGCCACCGGCCAGGCGGUGGGCGGGUGCGCUCGCGCCGGCGGCCGCCCGCCGAAUGCGGAGCCGCAGCGGCCGCACCGCAAUAUAUUGGAGCUGCUGUACAGCGGCGCGUCGCCCGACGAGGACGAGUGGCCCGAGCGGCCGCCCGAGGAGGUGGAGUGCGGCGCGGCGUGGGACGCGCACGCCUACCUGGCCGACAUGUACCCCGCGUGCGCGGCGCUGCUGCGCAAGGCGCGCAUCUGGGACGCCGACGGCGACGGCCUCAUCGAGAACGGGGGCUUCCCCGACCAGACGUACGACGCGUGGGUCAUGGCCGGCCCGAGCGCGUACUGCGGCGGCCUUUGGGUGGCGGCGCUGAGCGCGGUCAGCACCAUGGCGCGGAGCCUCGGCUUCGAGGAGGACGAGAGGGAGUUCUCGAAGCUUCUGGAGCAAGCGCGAACGUCAUACGACGAGAAGCUCUGGUCCGGCGCCUGCUACAGAUUCGACACGCGCCCCUGCAACCGCAACGUCGUGAUGGCGGACCAGUUGGCGGGUCAUUGGUACUUGCGCGCCUCGGGCUGCGGCGAGCCGGUGUUCCCCGAGGCGAAGGUGAAGAAGGCGCUACGCACCGUCUACGAGAAUAACGUAGCGCGCUUCUGCGGUGGCCGAAUGGGCGCGGUGAACGGCUACGUGGCGGGGGCCCGCGGCCGCAUCGACACGACCGCCAUCCAGAGCGAGGAGGUGUGGACCGGGGUCACUUACGGCCUGGCCGCCCUCAUGAUCUACGAAGGUAUGCAUGAAGAGGCGUUCGCCACCGCUGGUGGCUUGUAUCACACUCUGACCCAGAUGGGCCUAUCAUUUGAGACCCCGGAGGCGCUGUACGAAAAUGGCAACCAUCGCUCCAUAGGCUACAUGAGGCCCCUGGCCAUAUGGGCCAUGUACCAGGCCAUCGUCGCCAGACCGCCUCAGCCGGUGGCCACAUUGGCCAACGGUCAGCCGCGCAAUGCCAAAGAGAACACUCACUUA